UUGUUUCGAGAGUGCUCUCGAUCGACAAGCAGCAGAGGUGUUCGGUGCUGGAUAUUGGCUGAGUAUCGUCGCCACGCAGGUCUCUCGCUUCGCUUCACCGCCGCUUAGCAACUUUCAAUCCGAGGAGGAGCGACCGGGACUGCAGUAACGAACAUGUUCGCCAUCACGUGUCUUCUAAUCGCUGGGCUGACCAGCUGUGCCCUGGCAGGUCCAACCACGAAGCAACCACCCGGCUGCACCAACGAGAGCUUCGAGAAGUGCGGCACCGACCUGAUCCUCUUCGCUGGGGGGCCGGUCAUUCCCACCACCAAAGAACAGCUGGUCACGUCGUGCCCGAAGGAGAAAGCGUCGGAGAAGUGUGCCCGUGCGUAUUCGACUAAGUGCCUCGCUCGGUUCCCCCGGGGCAUGGUUAUGCUACUGCUCGACGGUAUCCGCAACGAGGUCAACGCCAAGUGCAACACCACCAGCCCGAGCGGAAAGGGUGGGUCACUGCUGUAUACGGCCACCAGGAGUGCUGCGGGCGCCUCAGUAGAUGACAGCCUGCAUGUAGACAUACGGAACAUUACAUCACACAAGAACACUGUACAUAUAGACGUAUGUGACCGGAAAGCACUUGAAUACCUGAAGCACGCGACGUGCCUGAACAGCAACGGCGCACGUCUGCACCAAUGCAUGAGAGACCUUACACUUGUGCUGGAUCAGAGCGUCGACGCACCGCAGAAGAGCCGUCUGGCACUGUCCUGUUGCUCAUUCAACACAUACAGGACCUGCAUGACAGACUCUGUGAAAGGAGUGUGCGAAAGUUCAACCUCGGGAUACGUGGACAAGCUAAUCACCGGAUACGCGGGAGACUUGCUUGACACGGUGUGCGCCAACUACAAGACUGGGUCGGAUGCUUGCAAGACUCUCCCGUCCUUGCCGAAAUCAACCAAGACAGGAAGAUCUUCGUCGCUGCUGUCCCCACUGGCGCGAAUUGUCACCAGCUUGAACGGAUGAACCGAUCAUUGUGACGUGUCGAGGCGCGAUGUUCUGAAUUGACAUGCUUCUGUAGCCAGUGGUGGCGCCGUGACAGAUCAUGAUUUGUUAGAGCAUGACAUAGAGCUUACGAAAAUGUUGCUAGUGUAGUUUAUUUUAUAUUCGGGUGUGUGUGUAUUAAGUGAGAGAAAGAUACAUCUCAGGAACGCGACUCAAAACGCGGUUACUGAAGACAACUAAGAUUGCAAGAAGGAAGACAGCGUUCCAUCAACAUAGUAGUUUUUUUUUCGGCAGCACCAUUAUUUGGAAAGGAUGAGAAGCUUCGUCGCCGAAGUCAAUCAUAUAUGCAAAGUCUGCAAUCACAUAUGCAAUGUCUGCAAUCAUAUAUGCAAAGUCUGCAAUCAUAUAUGCAACAUCUAUAUACAAGGACAGCACUAAAAAAAGUAUGAGCUUUGGCACAUUUGCUGCAGCAAGAUGGCGAUC